AUGAACCGCUUCCCAGAGAUUGACCCUUACGACGUGCUUGGGCUUCAGCGGGGUUGCAGCCCAUCCGAGAUCAAAUCAGCCUACAAGAAGCUUGCACUCAAGAACCACCCAGAUCGAGCACCACCUGCGGAAAAGGAACAAGCAACAGCCCGUUUCAAGAUUGUCGGAGAAGCAUACGAGCUGCUUUCCGAUGAUCGCAAACGACGAGAGUAUGAUGCCUUUGGGCCAGGAAGCGCUGGAGGCUUCCAAGCUUACGAAGACGACGCGAGCCGCAAACACUUCGGUACUAGCCCUAAUGGCGUUCCUUUCUCUUUCAUGUGGGAGUCCAGUGCGGAUUCAGCAAGGAGAGCUCAGGCGGGCCGACGUGCGGGAAGACCGUUUGGUGCGGAAGGCUUCGACCCUUUCGAACUAUUCAACAUGAUGUUCAACAAAGAGUUUGGAUCUACGGGCGGCAACAUGGGUGGAAGAGGUGGAGGCAGCGAUCCUUUCCGAAUGAACAACCCGGGCCAGCCUAUGGGUGGCGGCCUGUUUGGCGACAACCAUCCUUUCUUCCAGAACCAUCGUAGAAUGGCCGAUACCAUGGCCUUUGGUUUUGGAGCGCCGUCUGCAUCAUCACGAGCCCCUUCGGGCCCGCCCAUGGGAAUGCAGUCAGCAACUCGCUUCGGCCAUGGCUUCGGUAUGAGCAGUAGCUCAUCGAGCACCAUGUACGGAGGCUUCUCGGGCACCAGCCAAAGCACCACCACUCGCAUCGUCAACGGCCGUAAAGAGACAGUCACUCGUAAUGUCGACCAUCACGGCAAUGAAACCGUCCAUAUCUCGACGCCAGAAGGAAGCUCUGUCCAUGUCAACGGUGUACAACAAGCACAGCACCCGUUACUUGGCAACGCCGCGCCAUCUGGCAACUCUGCCCUUCCAAGCACAACUAACAUUCCACCCACCAAUGCUGCAGGAACAGCUGACAACCCGAUCGUAGUAGAGUCCGAGUCGGAACGUCCAACACCAUCAGCUUCUCGUACGGGGCACGGUUCGAGCAGGUUCAAUCUCUGA